UUUUGCUCAUUCUUGCAGCCGAGCACCAAUUUAAACUUGACGACCGCGUCACGAUGCAUACAGGCUAUGCAUCAAUAGCAGUCGAUGCAUCAAGCAGCGCUGCUAGCGCGGCUACUCAAUCGCAAGACGAUGCGUGGCGUCCGCAGCACCCGCAGCGAUGCACCGCAGCCGCGCAAGGCACGCCGCCGCAACCUGCGAGAAGAAAGGAUGCAAACUCGCCGACGUCGGUCAUCGACGCGCGGGAUGACAAGCAGUUCGCGCCGCUGGGCGCGGCGCAGAACCACGCCGUCGCGCGCGUUGCAUUGCUCGGCGUCGCGCUGACGCUCGGCGUCUUGCUCGUGAUGCUCCUCGCGCUCGGCGGUACGUACCCGGCGCUCGUGGGCCCCGGCUUGCUCGCGCUCGGUUUUGGAUUAAGGCACGGCAUGAGCCAGUGUGUGAUGAAAGAUCGAUUGUGCCGAUAUCGCGUCGAUGGCGUGGGGGGUGACGCGAUCGAACACACAGGCGUCGACUGCGACCACAUCGCCGCCAUCGACAACGUGGCCCGCAAGCUCUCCGCGGCGCAGCGGCCGGCGGCUCUGGUGGGCCUCUGGUUCUCGCUGGGCCACUCGACGGUAGUCGUGCUGCUCUGCGCGGCGGUCUCGACGGGCUCGGCCUACGCGAGAGCGCACGUCGCGUCAUUAGCGACGGCCGGCGCGAACGUGGGCGACGCCGUGUCGUCGAUCACGCUCAUCAUUAUCGGCGCGAUCAACCUGGCGGCCGUCGGGCCGCAGUACCGCGCGUGGAGAACAGCAAGGCGCGGUGUCGCGGGCGACCACGGCCACGGCCCGCUGCACGCCCACGCCGCAUCGCUCGAAGACGACGGCGAGGAAGUGCGGGUCGAGGCCGCCGGCUGCCUCGUGGGCUGCGCCUGCUGCCGGUACGUGCUGGGCCGCGUCGACAGCGCGUGGAAGAUGUACCCCGUCGGGUUCCUCUUCGGGUUGGGCUUCGACACGGCGUCCGAGGUCGGGCUGCUCGCGCUGGCGGCCCUCGGCGGCGCCGGGGCGGCCGACGGCGUCCCCGCGGUCCUCGUGAUGUUGCUGCCGGCGCUCUUCGCCGCGGGCAUGGCUUUGGUAGACACGUGCGACGGAUUGCUCGUGCUCCUCGCGCUCGCCAAGGGCGACGGCGCGGACGCCGGCGCGCUGCUCCUGGGCUGCGGGCUGACGGCCGCGAGCGCGUCCGCCUCGCUCGGCAUCGGGCUCGUGACGGCGGGCGGCCUCCUGGCGCGGUGCUUUCCGUCCACAUUCGGGCCGCUCGCCGCCGUCGCCGACGCGCUCGACGCGCACACGACGGCCGUCGGGCUGCUGAUCGUGGCGCUCUUCGCCGCGGCGCUCGCCGCGGCGCGGUUCGCGCCGGCCUGCCGGCGCCCGUCCUACGCUUCGCUCGUCUAG